AUGCCUCCUCUGAGGGCAUAUCUCGCCCUCUUCCUCUUGUUAUGCAGCUCUUACCACCCAACCGAAGCCGGCACAGUGCUGCAGGUGACUCCUGAGAACGAGGCCGCGCUCACGUUGGCCGCGCAGCUCUACCACGAGGCGCAGGACGCGUCCGAGCUCCAGGACAAGGAGAGGCUCUUCCGAGAGAGCAUCGACGCGUAUCCAGAGCUCGCGCCGGCGUACAACAACUUGGCCAUGCUGGUGCUUGAGCGCCAGGGCAGAGACGAGACGAUGCAGCUCCUGCAACGAGGACUGCAAGCUGCCGAGGCCACGAACGACCUCGAGACCGUGGCCAACAUCCGCAAUAACCUCGGGUUCGUGACCCGUGAGGGCGGCAAAUGGAGCGUCGCGCACUCGUUAGAAGCUCUUCGCCACUUUGAGGCUGCUCUGGGGAUCAACCCGGACUUUGUGGGGGCGCUGUACAACAAAGCGUCGGUGUAUUUGGCUCUGCGUCGGGAUAUGGAGUCCAAGGAGCUGCUGCUGAGGGUUCUGGAGCUUGAACACGACAACCGGCAGGCGCAUCUGGAUCUCGGAAGGAUUUACUUUGAGCAUGGGGACCUGGAGAAGGCGCUGCAGCAUGAGGAGCGAGUGAUUGAGCUGUCGACCACCACCAAGCAGAAGCUCGAGGGGAUGCACAACAAGGGCGUCUUCUUGAAGGAGUGCGGCUUCCUCGCUCGGGCGUUGACAGUGUACGACGAAAUGCUGGCGAUCACAUCGGUGGAGUCUUAUGUAUUGGUGGAUAUGAUGAACGCUAAGCGGUUGUUCUGUGACUGGAAGGGCAUGGAGAAGUUAGAGAACCAGGUCGUGACUGCCGCCCGGAAACAAUUCGACUUGGAAAUGCCGGAAGAACCGGUAGAGUUGCUGCCGUACGACUCGACGCUGCUUAAACUGUCCGAUAAUUUCCGCAAGAGGUUGGCCACCAGAGCGUCAGAGAAGUACGAGCAGCCCAGUACACUUGAGCUGUUGCCGUCGCCAUGGAUGGAGAACGAACCGACUUGGGAUCGCCCUUUGAUGCCGGAACGCUUGAAGAUUGGCUACCUCAGCUUCGAUUUCCGCGAUCACCCCAUGGGGCACCUCACUCUGGGGUUCAUUGAGCAGCACGCGGCGCUGGCUCAGGGUGUCGACACCAUUUGUUACUCGUACGGCCCCAAUUCAGAGGCCUCCGCGCCUUGGCGACGUCAGUUUGAAGAGAAGUGCGGCGUCUUCAGGGAUCUCCUCGGAAUGUCGGACCUUGAGGCCGCUCAGACCAUAGGACGGGACGGGAUCGACGUGCUGGUAGACCUCAUGGCGCACACAAAGGGGGCGAGACUGGGGAUCCCAUCGCUCCGUCCGAGCAGGAUCGCCGUCAACUAUUUGGGAUUCCCCGGGACUAUGGGCUCGACCUUCACUGACUUCGUUAUGGUCGACAAGAUGGUGGUUCCUCCCGAAGUCGCUGCGAAGACCAUGACGGAACAAGUCGUUUACCUGCCGCACACGUACCAAGCUAACCGGUAUGAGGUUUCCAUCGCGUCGUGUGGCGCUGAUACCGAAUGUCAGCGAGCGAACCGGUCCCAGCACGGCUUACCCUCUGACGCUGUGGUCUUCUGCAACUUUAACACCAUCAACAAGAUGGAGAGCGAGUCGUUCUCGGUCUGGAUGAGUAUCCUCAAGCAGGUGCCCAAGAGCGUUCUGUGGCUGCUGGCUCCAUCCGGUGUAGACGCUUCUCGGGUCAAAGAGCUGCUUCAUGAUCAAGCCAUGGCGCAUGGGGUCCUCCCGUCCCGAGUCAUCUUCGCUCCAAGAGUAGACAAGUUCUCGCAUCUCGCUCGAGUCACAGUGGCCGACCUCUUCUUGGACUCGUUCAUCUACAACGCGCACUCCACAGCUGCAGACGCGCUUUGGGCGAACGUCCCCAUCGUCACCAUCUGGGGGGACACGUUCCCGUCGCGCGUGGCUGCUUCACUCAUCCAGAACGCAAUCCCAUUCCCGGAGCUCAUUUCGCACAGCGUGAAAGACUACGAGCGUACUGCGGUUUACCUGGCCAAGACCCCGAAAGUUUUGCGCCAUAUCCGCAGCUUACUUGCAUCCCACACGUUGACAUCGCCGCUGUUUAACACCAAGCAGACGACGGAAGGCAUUGAAGCUGCAUAUGAAGCCAUGCACGACGUUGCCAACCGUUUGCAUCCCUUAGGACGGGGCCCCAGAUUCCAGUUGGUCGUCCAUCCAGAGCACACUGCGGAGGCGUUCGGCAACGCAGAAAGCUUCCACGCUCGGGCCGACGAGGCAUUGAAGCAGGGAAUUUCACUCCAGGAGUCGGGGGAUUAUGCAGGCGCUCGACACGCGUACACACGCGUACUUGGAGCGAGUCCAGGAAACCCGGACGCAGUCCACUUGUUGGGCACAGUCUUCUACCAGACUGGGGAGCUUGAGCGCGCGGUGGAAUACAUCACGCGAGCGGUGGCUGCGAACCCGCACGUGUCGUGGUAUCACUCCAACUUGGGCGUGGCCUACGCAGCAAUGGAGAAGCUUGGUCUGGCUCUGACGGAGUUUCAACUGGCGCUGCAACUUGAUCCCACCAACCGCGUGGCGAUCUCGAAGCUCGGCGGGCUGUACACAACACAGGGAGCGCUUGAUGAGGUCGUCGAUCUCUACGCCGCGUACGGCGACGCUGCGUAUUUUGCCGCUCGGCAUUCAAGUGCAAGCCAAGAGGAGAUCGAGAAGGCCUACCUGGACUACUCCGACGCGCUUGUCAAGACGGAACGAUCCUUGGACGCUAUUCAGCUUCUGGAAUCAGCAGUCCAGCAACACCCAACGCUCUUCCAGCUCAGCUACAACUUGGGAGUCCUGUACAACGAGGCAGGGAGAUACGACGAAGGCAACCAGCGUCAGUUCGCAACGGUGCUGGCUCAAGGUCGCUAUCUGUACGAGACGAAGGGGAAGCAGGUCAAGAAGAUCCCCCGUCCGGAGCACAAGGUGGUCAUCGCCUUCUACUGCCACGAGUACGGGCAGGAGUGGUGGGAGCACUGGGGGCCGUCGUCGCUGGAGACAGGUCUGGGCGGGUCGGAAGAAGCGGUGGUCUUCCUCGCUCGCGAGCUGCAGAAGCUCGGGUACUGGGUCGAGGUCUACGGCGAUCCCUCCCCGCAAGAUAUCUCCACUCUCGACCAGGCAGACGAAGACAUCGUCCGAUGGUAUCCACACUACGCGUACGACGUGGACGAUAGAGGAGUCGACAUGUUUGUGGCUUGGAGGUACCACAUCUCGCUGGCCAUGGGCCAAGCCGCUUGGAAGAAGUUCCUGUGGAUGCACGACCUCCCCCAAGAGGACGCGAAGCGGUCGUCCGAGCUGCUGAACUCCGUCGACGGGAUCUUCUGCCUCAGCGACUUCCACGCCUCCAUGUUCCCCGACAGCUUCCAGUCCAAGAUCACCGUCAGCACCAACGCCGUCGAUCCCUCGUUCUUCGUCCAUGGGCCCAACCACGCCGAUCGAUUCGUCUACGGCAGUUCACCGUCGCGCGGACUGUACGCGGUGCUCCAGGCCUGGCCGCGUAUCCGAGAGCUGAUCCCCACAGCUGAACUCGCGGUCUUCUACGGCUUCAGACCGGCGUUCAUGAAGUGGGGGCAGUCGCAGAUGCCCAACUUCACCGAGUGGAUGGUCGAGAUGAACCGCCUCCUCACCGAGACUCCAGGCGUGCGCUACGUGGGGCUGGUCAACCACGCGCAACUGGCCAAGGAGUACUCGUACGCUGGCUUCUACCUGUACCCGACGACGUUCUCCGAGACGAGCUGCAUCUCACUCAUGAAGGCUAUGGCGAACGGCGCCAUCCCCAUCACCAGUCGCUUCCCUGCCUCGGCGCUGCCUGAGACCGUCGACGAGUUCGAUCUCGGUCCACGAGCCCUACAACAGAAAACAAUCGUUGACGAUCCAGAGUGGCUGGAGCUCUGGAUACAAAGCAUCGUCGAGGCCGUGCGCGACGAGCAACAAGCGGCCACGGUGCGGCACCGGAUGAAGCGGUUCGCGCGCAAGAAGUAUCGCUGGGAACACAUCGCACUGCAGUGGCAUCGAGUGAUAUCCAGGCCACGGUUUCCGUGA